AUCUAGUACAACUGUGAAUGAAGAGCUAAAGUCCAAAACAUUCAGUGGUCCAACUUUUCUCGAUUUAGCUGCUAAAUCAGAUACAAGUGGAUUCUCUUUCUCUAUAAACUUGGAAGAAGCUUUAAGUCCCAAGAAACUUGAUAGCCCAGACAAAGCACACAGCCCUGCACAAUACAAACACAGUGACUCAAAAGAUGACAGUUAUUAUAAAUCUGAAGAGGAAGGAGAUAGUAUUCACUUUGAACCAAUUGCCCAUUUACCAGAGAAUGUAGACUUGGUAACUGGUGAAGAAGAUGAGCAUAUAUUAUAUUCUCAUCGAGUCAAAAUGUACAGAUUUGAUCAGGAGCUGAAACAAUGGAAGGAUCGUGGGACUGGAGAUUUGAAAAUUCUUCAAAAUAAAGAGAAUGGACAUGUACGGAUUUUGAUGAGACGUGAAAGAGUGUUCAAUGUAUGUGCCAAUCAUUACUUAACAUCUGAGAUGACCUUAGUUCCUAAUGCAGGCUCUGAUCGGUCAUGGGUCUGGAAUGCUCUUGAUGCUUCAGAUGGAGAGCCCAAGCCAGAACAACUAGCUGUGAAGUUUAAAACUCCAGAUGUCGCUGAUGAGUUCAAAGUAAAAUUCGAGGAAGCCCAGAAAUUGAUUGCUUGCUCACCCAAGAAAUGUAUAGAUACUGUACAAAGUGAUGAUGGUGAUGAGGAUGAUACACAAGCAACUACCGUAGAGCAAGUAGAAGCAGACUCUACAGUAAAUCCCAGAG